AUGGAUCUCGAUGGAUCGUUUGAUUUCUCGUCAACAGAUGAAAUUAAAGAACAAUCUCAACUAGUUUAUAAUAGUACAGUGAAUGGUACUUUACGUUCGUUGGAAAAAGAUUUCGAUACUAAUAAUGAUACUAUGCGACUUUUAUUUAUUACAAUUGCUAUCAUUAUUGUACUUAUCUGUAUAACAAUAUCAACGAUUUUAUUUAUUUGCAUUUGUCUUAAUCGACGUCGUAAUUCCAGACGUGAAGAAAAGCAGGAUCAACUUCUUCCAUCUGAACAAUUCGAAAAAAUACCUGACAAUAGAAAAUCUUUAAUAAAUUCAUCAAAACAAAAUAUUAAUCCAACUGUACCAUUUCACAGUACUCAACAAUCUAUUAAAAAAACUUUAUCAUCAUCAUCAAGCAUUAAUCCUAAUGAAAAAAUACAAAUAAGACCAUAUUAUUAUGAUAAUCUUGACGAUAUUCCGUUUAUUGAUGAAUCAAGACCUACAAGUUUUAUCGAUGUUACACGAGUUUAA